AUGCCACGCCCGCCAAUCGAACGACACCCCAAGACAGGCGAAGUAAUUCUUCGGCUUCGCAAGCAUCCCAACCUCAUCUUGACACCGCCAAGGGAAACGGAUGCUCCCAAGAUCACGGAGUAUGUUGGAGAUGAGAGGAUUUGGUCUAACCUUGUCAGCCCUCCGGUGCCAUAUCAUAUCGGACAUGCAAAGGAUUGGCUGGCGCGAUUGAUCCCCGAACGAGGCGAGGUGCUCGCAGAGAUAGAAAAGAACAUGGAUCCGCCACUAAGUGGUUGUCCCCUCCAGUUCAUCCGCGAAUUGAAAGAUGAUGGAUCCGACGAGUUGAUCGGAAGUAUCGACCUAACCCCUUGGCCCGAAGGCAGGGAUCCUCCCCUUGAUGCCCUGAGGGAACCGGGAAGUACAGAAAUAAUUUGGACCAUCGGUGACUGGCUUGCUCCAAGUCACCAUGGACGAGGGAUCAUGACCGACGCAGUGCAGACCAUCAUCCUCGACUGGGGUGUUGCUCAAAUGAACAUCUCCAAGGUCAUUGCCAGUGCCUUCAUUGGCAACCCAGCCAGCGUGAGGGUCUUCGAGAAGUGCGGAUUCAAGACAUAUUCAGUUGUCGAGAAAGCGUUGGAGGUGAGAGGUGAAAUGAAGGGGAUGCACACUCUCUUGUGGACUCGAGAUAAGUAG